UCUCGUGUAAACACACGGCCAGAAAAAAAAUCAAUUUAUUAUGUCACUGACACAUUUCAUAUUUAUGCUUUAGGAGUACUUCCGUUUUGCGUAUUUUGAAUCAAAGAUAAUCAGGCAAACAUUGACUGGGUUUGGUGAUAGCAGAGCCCCGUUUCUUCCCCAAAAUUGUCUGAAGGCAAGAGAGUGGGUGUUAUAUCAUUGAGCUAAGCAAGCAGUUCCGUUCCAGUUACUCCCUAGAUGGAAUUUAUUCCAUUGUCGUAGAAUUUGAUACGCUCCAAAUACAGUCACUGCAGGGAAUCCCAUAGACAAUGUUUGUUUGGAGAUGGCAGGGUGGCUUGACUUUAGGCGAAGAAGGGAAUUCUUGCUGUGAAGCUCUGUAACUUCUGGUAACAACUGGAAUUCCAUUGUUACGAAGUAAUAAUAUUUAGUUUGAGCGGUUUUAGACCGAUUGGCCUCCUAAACAAGUUUAGCUAAUUGUAAAUUUCGAAGGUAAACUACUAGGCCAAUUUAACUAGGCGUUGUCCAUGGCUUAGCCGUCGUCAUUACUCACUCCCACUAAUAUCCAUGGCCGCCAGACACUCCUCACAAAACCGCUAAAUAUGAAAAUAUCGGGACCCCCCAACGACUUUUGCCAUGUAAUACCUAAUCGGUAUUCCCAUUUUAAUUUAGCGAAUCUGAGUAAGUACCAAUUCAAGUAUGGUAUGGAGUAUAUCAAACUUGAUCACGAUUAGAUUGUUGUAUUCCCUUUAUGUAGGCGGUGAUGCCUUUUGGAUAACAUGCAAUGUCAAAUGAUUGCGCUGUUGGCCGUGGCCAUCUCACUGUCUUCGCGGAUGACUGCCAGCUUUAUUCCUGCCAACGAAUGCAUAAACUACACCAUACUGCAUGAGAUAAACAGAUCAAAGUUUUCCUCGAACUACACAACAAACCUUAGUGACAGCUUAUUAACAGGCUGGUUCACAUUCAAUGGCUCGGCAGGAAAACAGAUGUCGACCUCUUGUGUUCCCUCCAAUCGCUGUGGAACGUUAGUUCCCGGAUGGAUGGCGGGUACACAUCCGGGUGUUGAGGAAGGAGUCGUAGAACGGUCGGCUUGCUUUACCAUGAAACCGUUAUGCUGCAUGGUCUCUGUGAGCAUGCGUGUAAGAAAUUGCAGUGGCUUCUAUGUUUACAAGCUGGUUACCAUGCCGUCUUUUAACUUCAACUUUCGUCUUUGUGGAGAUGGUGUUAAAGGGUCACUUCCACUUCUUCAGGCAGGAAGCAAAAAUGUUUCAGGAAAUGAUAACGAGUGCCUCAGUUACAAAACACUUAACGAGAACGACAGAGCUGCAGACUACUUCAGUUACCACACAAUGAAAUGUGACGCCAGUCUUCCCCAGGUCUGGUACAGAUUUACUGGCCGCGCGGGGACUGUUAUGCCAACAAAAUGCGUGCCAAAAAUGCAUUGUGGUGCUCUGUCUCCCGGAUGGUUAAAUGGCAAGCAUCCUACUGUGGGGGAGGGAGUGGUGGAACGUAUGAUUUGUUUCACUAAAGACGACGAGUGUUGCUUCUGGUAUAGUCAGGUCUUAGUAAGGAACUGCAGUGACUUUAUCGUGUACAGAUUUGAACACUUCCCCACAGCACAACAAUUCUGCAGUCUGCGCUACUGUGGGGCCGGAAGAGCAGGCUGUAAAGACAAGGACGGAAACGUUUAUGACGUUGGGCAGACUUUGAAUCCCAACCCACUCUUCACCUGCAAAUGUACACCGAACUUUCAAGUCUCAUGCACUAAAACACAAACUGGCUGUUGGGAUUUCCAUGGAAACGCUUUUGCUGACAGACAGGAGUGGCUUAGCAACAGCAAAACUAAGUGCAGCUGCCUCGAAGGAAAAAUAACCUGCACCAAGCUCUCUCGACCGGCUUGCACCGAUGAAAACGGUAUCGUGAGGGAACAUGGGAAAAACUGGUUUUCUGGAGCCUGCUUUAACUGCACAUGCGGAGAUGGCUUGAUCAGCUGUAUCAAGUAUCACGUGACUAUUCAAUACGGCAAAAUUAGAGUUGAGACAGUCGGGAAUUGCAUGCCAUGUCGUCGACCAAGUGAAGAUAUUAUGCCAACCGGAAGUGGGACUGUUAGCGCCUGUCAAGCUUUUUUUCAGUUGAAGAAGUCAAAUGAGUUAUUUCGUUGUUCAAGCGGUGACUUUAUAAGAAAACGUCACUUGUGUAAUGGCGUCUCAGAGUGUUCUGAUGGCUCAGAUGAGGCGCAAUGUCUGGAUGUUGUUUGUCGUGAUGAAGAGGGACAGGUGUUGGUUCUCAAAGAUAUCUGGAAGGUAACUGACUGCAUCACCUGCCGAUGUAAUGCUGGAUUAUUGAAAUGUGAAAGAGAACUACAAGUUAAUUUCCCAGGUCAACACAAUGCAUAUGUUCCAUUUUAUGAAUCCUGUGAACAACCCGCCUGCAACACGCGAGAGUUCAUCGAAGAGAGAAGAGAAUCUUGCCAAGCUAUUGAAACAACCAAAGACGGUCGCAUUCUGCUUGAAGGAGACACAUGGGAGUACCAAGGAUGUAAGUUCCAGUUUACGGGUGAGAAGGCAACCCAAGGAUGUCCACAAAUGAAGACGCUUCAGUGUUAUUUAUAUAAUGGUGCUGUUUGCUGUGCAAGGAAAUGUCCAGCACUUCCUCAACUUACCAGCCAGAUGCGAUGGAACAUGACUGUGUGUUCUGAAGGGCUUCAGCUUAGAGCAGGCGAUGACGCGUGUGACACGCCCAGUCCAAACUGUCUACAGAAAAACGAUUGUGAACCGGAAGCCCUGUGCCAAGACGAGGAAGGGAAUGCUUAUUUUGAUGGAGCCACAUGGACUGUUGGCGACUGCAUCGACUGUAGAUGUGAUAAAGGAAUUAUUUCCUGUUCACGGGAGAUAAUGUUCAUAACAAGUGAUGAGUUUAAAACCGAGCAUUGCAAUCAAACAGGGUGUGACGUGGAGGCCUUUCUCAAGACAAGCAAAGGGAUUUGUAAAGCGUGCACUUGGAGGAACAAAACCCUGCCUGAUGGUCACCGCUGGAAGGAGAAUGGUGUCGAUUUCUUUUGCAGCUCUGAGCAACAACGAGUGAAGCCUGGAUGCUACUUAGAAACCAGUCAAAUUCGCUGUACUGGGGCAUUCGUAGCAAUACAAAACUCAACCCUUAUUUCAGAGGACAGGCUGUACGUGUGUGAAAGUGGAGACGAAAUCAGGUCACUAAAUGACAGGUGUAAUCAGAGACAGGAUUGUAAUGAUGGAUCAGACGAGAGAGUCUGUGCACAGUAUGUCUGUCCAUUUCACACAAAAUUCAACCUCUACUGGGAAAGAACUGCCCUGGACAAGAUUGUACAAAGGAAUUGUUCAGAAAUAGAUCCAAAUCUAGGAGGAUACUUCACCAGUCGUUGUUCUUCAGACUUUGGUUUAAUAACUAAGUGGAGUCACAAAGAAGGAUGUUUUUGCGAAAAAUCAACUCUUCUUCAGGAAUUCGGGAUUGAGUUGUCUUCAGUGAAUUUGACAGAUUUGCUGAAACUAUCAAGGGAAUUGAUCAGAGAGGCAGCGAACUUCACAAAUAAGGAAUUGCUCCUUGAUUAUCUCAAUCGGUUUUUUAAAACUGGCGCCAAUCUGCUAAAUCCGAUCAGCCAAUCAAACGACAUGGUAGCAAUAAAUUUCUCUCAGAUAUUUUUCAACGCAGCCGAUAACAGAAGUAUAUUCCUGGCCCCUGCAAAUUCCUUUUGCAGUCGUGCAGUGACUACCAAGCAAUUAUGGUCUUUAAGAUUGGACGUUACGAAAUUUGCUUGUUCAGCUCCCACUUUUACCCAGAUGUUGGCUUUUUGUAGGAGUAUUAGGCUUCCGUCCCCUCCUCUCUAUAGUGUGGGCGAUCACAAGGAUGAACCUGGUUACCAAUACAUGUUACGACCUGGUUCAACGCAGUUUUGGCUUCGACCAGCGCUACGAUUGAGAAUUGAUCCAAUUCAACUAACUUCGGGAGAUCAACCUCCCGGUUAUCCAGCCCUUCUGCCACGGAACAUAACUAGCGAGGUUAAUGGAAGUAGCGCCCGUGCCCAUUUUCAUCCUGCCAACUGCACAUGGAUUCGAUAUGACCUCAACGGAACUUUAAAGAUGACAACUAGGGAAGUCAAAGACGAAGAGAAAGAACAAAAAGCUAUCAUUCAAGGCUACUUAGAGCUUGCACUCAGCAGCUUAUCCAUCGUGGCUGUAAUACUCUGUUUGGUCAUCCUCACCUGUCUAAGGAUACGAAAUUCAGAGAGGAUAUUUGUUCAUAAAAAUCUUUUGCUUUCCUUGUGCCUGGUUUACAUCGUGAUGAUCUUGGACACCUUUGUUUUCACAAACAGGAAACAGACGCCAAAAUUGUGUUCAGCUAUGGCUGUCAUCCAACAUGUAACUCACACAGCCAUUUUUUCGUGGAUGUUGGUAGAAGGAAUCCAUCUUUACAUCAAGCUGGUCAAAGUGUUCUCAGUGAAAAAGCUAUACAUCACAUAUAUCAUCAUCGGGUGGGGUCUCCCAGCUAUUCUAGUUGGCUUGAUAGCAGCCAUCAGGCCUGAGACGUAUGACAUGAGUAAGACUUACUACAAGGACGUCAUGUGUGGAUCGCUAAAACUUCCUGCGGAGAUUAUGCGUGACAGGUGCUGGCUUCAUGAUGGAGAAUGGUUGUACAAAGCUCCGAUACUCACAAUCCUUUUGGUCAAUCUCGCAAUCUUCUUGGUCCUGCUAAGAGUGAUAUUUACCAAGAUAUCGACAAAAUAUCGGACCGACAACUUAGAAAAGACCAAGAGAGGUCUGAAAAGUGUCGCUGCUCUUCUGCCUUUGUUGGGUGUCACGUGGUUACUGGGAUUCGUUGUUCAAUGGAGUGAAGUCCUUCUCUACUUGUUUAUUAUUCUCAACUCGACUCAGGGUCUGUUGUUCUGCAUAUUUCACAGCCUCUUGGAUGACCAGAUAAGGGAGAGUUUAAUUAAUUCUAUAAGGAGAACUCGAUUGAGGCAAAUGGCCCGAUAUGACAGAUCCUCGAUUGCUUCAACAAUUACACAGUUAUCAUCCCCAGGAUCCAUAAAUGGGAUGGAAAACUUCAAACAACGGGGGGAAAUUCCAAGCUCCAAGUUUUAUGACACUAAACUUUAAGUUAUGGAACAAAAAAUAUAGAUAUUCUGCUGAGCGCUUCCUAAACUCUAUAAAUUACACCCACUGAAAGAACACUAGGGAACUUUCAAGGCAAUUAUCGACACACAACUCAAGAGCGUUAAGCUUUGUUUUGAGCCAGGCAUUUUGAGUAUUCAGUGUUACGAUAUUGAUCAUUUAGCUCUUAGGGGUCGCAAUUCCUCUCAUUUGCGAAGCUUUCGUCAGAAUUGCAGGUGUAGUUCUGCUCUAAGUACCGGAAGCGGUCUUGGAAGGCAGAUACGUCAGAGAUAGUAAAUUUUUCUAUUUCCUUUGAAAUGCAGUAGGGUAGGGAUGACAUAUCUUGAUGCUCGUGUUGUUUUUGAUCGGAAAAUGACAGGGUAAAACUCCUCGAAUUAACACGACACGGCCCUGCUUAUCCUCCACUUAAUGGCGCGACAUAAGGUCUGUGUCAAGUCCGUGAGGGGAAGGGGUUGGGAUACUUAUUGUCUCCGGGUUUUCGGUUUUAGGUUUAAUUAAGGACAGAAUGCCGGUAUUCUUAGUCGCCAAGGUAUCGUUUAGGGCUGCUAUUCUGUGUUAAUAAUUUCAUGGAUGAGGGCAUUCGAUUACAACCACCUUUUUAUCGUCAUAAUAGUAAUGGACCGAGCCGAGUACAAUUCAGGGAGUAAUCAGACAAGCAGAACGCCAUUUUGAAACUUCGAGCACGAU